AUGUUUUACAAAGGAGUCUUUGGUGUGAGCCUUUGGUGUACGAUAGCCGCUUUUGUGAAUGCCCAGCAGCCCUGCCCGAGCGAUGUGUUUGUGAAACCAGCAGAGGUCCUAGCGUGCGAGCAACGUGCACAGAACGAGCCUGUGAACCAAACCUUAGCUGCCGAGGCGUGCCUGCGGACGUACUUUGUGAACAGAGUCACGGCCAACCCCUUGCUACCAGAAGACUACGCUAUGCUCGGAGAAUUCGCCGCGAAAAAGUUCGGGAAAAAUCCACCUGCUAGCGGCUACCGAAUAAGACGCGACAUCAGAGUUCUCACAGUCACCGAGCGACAGAAGCUCUUCCGUGCGUUCAACGUUUUGUACAAGACGGGCGUGCUGCAAAGGUUUGCACGUCUCCGCGGCCAACAGGUUCUCCGGAAACACCGCGGGGCCAGCUUCCUUCCCUGGCAUCGCGUCCUCUUGGCGGCGGUAGAGGAGAAGCUGCGUGAGAUCGAUCCGGAAGUGUCGCUGGCUUACUGGGACUACACAGCAGACUACUAUCUACCACUUCCAUCGGACUCUGUCAUCUGGAGCCCGUGCUUCGUCGGCAACGGUGAUGGUAUCGUCCGCGAGGGUCCCUUCCGGUUCAUGUACGGCGGCUUCAACACGCUGAUCAGUCGCGACAUCGCGCCGAACGGAACCUGUCCACCCCGCUUGAUCAACAAGGACGAUGUUGACGAGUUGAUGAGAUAUUGCUAUUAUGCGAACAUCACUACCGGAAAUACGAAGACCUACUACACGCAGCCCCACAAUCUCGAGAUCAUCCAGAAUGGCGUCCACAUGUGGGUGGGCGGUGACAUGUCCAACACGCCGGCGGCUCUAUACGACCCCGUGUUUUUCUUGCACCACGUUUUCAUCGACUACAUCUGGGAGCAGUUCCGGACCCGACAGUCGUCCUUGAGUUGCCGAGUGGACGUUGAGAGAGACUACCGGGAACCAGGCGACUACGCAGUCGACAACUUCCCCGGCCACGCCCCCUGGGAGGAGAUGCACGGAUUCGAGUAUCUGCAGAACCGCGACGGUCUGUGGCGCAACUGGACAACCGCUUUUUACGGCUACGAACCGGCGCCGAAGUGUCCCGACUGCGGAAAUUCGGAGAACCUCUACUGUGACAGAGAAAUCGAUCCGCGCCGACCGGAAGGCGUCUGUGUGACGAAGACGAAGUUCUUUUGCGUCGAUCAGCCCCCAAUGGACGUUGAAAGAGACAAACCGUUUCAAGAGCAGCUAGGUGGCGGUGCAAUUGUUACCCUGGGAACUAGAGAAGAAGGGCUGCCAGGGGACGGUCGUACCAGAUUCAUGUCACAGGAAGAGGGCCUUGCUAUUCUCAGAGAGCAGGUUGGGCACAUGACCGCGUCACCGCCAUCUGUAACGUUGAAUGCAAAGGAACCGGACGCACCAGGGAACCUAAAGCCAACGCUGACAUUGAAUCUGCACGAGGAAUUGUACGUUAUUUCGAGCGCUUACAGCCAGAGGGCGCUCGGAAAGUACGAGGCAAUCGUCCGGGCUCUGUUCACCACAACUGCCGUGAUCCUUGCCAGUUUGAUUUAAGUAUUUGCUGCAACACGAUCCUGCCAUUUGUGUAGUUUGAAUGAAUUAGUUACUGGAUAACGAUAAAUUUAGUAGACAACCGUCUCUAUUUGAAUGAAUGGUUUCAGGCAGCGUUUGACAUAAUAUAGUGUAAUUUUAUCAAACAGUGUUAGCUUUUGGUGCAGUUUACACGUUUGUUGAUGCAUGGUUAGGAUUAGAAUUAGGAGUGUACUUACUCAUAUAUCUAGCUACUGUAUGACAUAACUCCCCUUCUUUAUGUAUCUAGUUACUCUAUGACAUGACUUUAUUUCUUCAUAUAUCUAGCUAUUCUAUAACAUGACUUUCCUUCUUCAUAUAUCUAGCUACUCAAUGACAUGACUUUCCUUCUUCAUAUAUCUAGCUAUUCUAUGAAAUGACUUUUAUUCUUCAUAUAUCUAGCUUCUCAAUGACAUGACUUUCCUUUUUCAUAUAUCUAGCUACUCUAUGACAUAACUUUCCUUCUUUAUACUGUAUAUCUAGCUACUCUAUGACAUAACUUUCCUUCUUUAUACUGUAUAUCUAGCUUCUCUUUGACAUGACGUCCCUUCUUCCUACUUUUUAUCUAGCUACUAUAUGACAUGACUUUCCUUCUUCAUACUGUUUAUCUAGCUACUCUAUGACAUGCCUUUCCUUCUUCACAUAUAUAGCUAAUCUAUGAAGCUUGAUACAUAUUCUGAUCAUAAAUAGCUUCUCUACAAUGUUUGAGCUUUUUUUCUCAUAUAACUUAUAUUCUAUUCACAAACAACUCUAUUGCUCAUUGGACCUUACAACUCUUUGACAUAUCCUUUCUCUGCAGCAUCUUAACGGUUAUCUCACAAACAUUUGCGUCACCACUAUACCAUAAUUUUCGCAAUUCUGCACGAAUUUAUUAUAUUUCUGGCACUUUUUUCAUUAAAUCCUGAAUCGAUUCACUCUGUUAUUAUCCUUACGUUUUUAAUAGUUUUCUCAUCAUCUAAAAUAUCUUUUGCUUUAUGUGUAUAUUUGUAGCUUUUAAAGUAUGUAUUUCCACAUUGAUAUACUGUACAGCAUCUCUUUUUAUGUAACAUCAACCUCCUGGGAAGUUGUAAGAGUAGUUUGCUUAGAAUUUAAAAGCUUGUUCACAUUAUAUAAUUGAGUAGUUUCUUUGCAGCUGAAAACGUAAGCAACAACUAUCAUACCUUCGUGUAUUUCUAAACAUCCAAACAUCAAAAUAACCAAGAAACCUAAAAUAGAUACAUUGUAGGUUCAAACUAAAAUUAACAAGUACUAUACUGCUAAAUUCCUUUAUAUUUUGUUCAUAAUUUUGAAUCGAACUGCGUGUUUUAUUGUAAAUAUAAAUAACUUAAAUUUUGUAGCAUCUAUGUUAAUCUCUAUAUAAUCAUGUGGGCAUAUAUGCAAUAUGUAAUAUUUAACACUUUGUAUGGUUUGGGAACAUAAUAGGCGAUGGAAUAAUAAUAAAUUGUUUAUUUUACAACCAACAUAAUAAAGUAUUGUUUUACUUGUUUUUGUUAUUAUUUACAGGGCAUAUACACCCAACGUGUUCCAUUGUGUCCUCAAUGCUAUGUUUUAUAAAAGUGUGAGAUACCAAACUACGCUUCCAGCUUUGUUGAUUUGUUUCUGUAUACAUAUAAAGUAUACUGUUGUGUAAACAUCGUUUAUUGAUGCAAACUUAAAUUGCCUAUAUAUACUUUCCAUCAUAUUGCUCUGGUUAAAAAACAACAACUGGUUAUUGGUUGACUAUUGACCAAUUUUAAAACAAACUAUAAAUGAAAUUUAGUAUGAUGAUUGCAUUUUAUAUCGAUAAACUUAUUUGCAUAAUUUGUUUUGAAUGUAUACAAGCUUUCAAUUUUAAUAUGCUUUUGUAUGUAAUUUUACGUUUUUGUUGUCCAUCGGAGUUGCCCAUUACUAUUUCCAAGAUGAACAAAAUACAACUAUUGUUUUUACUGAUUUGUAAGCAUGCGACUUCGAAAUGUACUGCCACGAAAGUUGUAUGUGGAAAUAAAAUGUGCUUUUUAUGUUUAUCAUAUUAUGUAACG